AUGGCCUCAACGCCGCCUCACUGGUCCCUCUUCACCGCCACCACCACAAACAACCACCGUCUCACCCGUCAACAACCCAACCACCAUCAAUGGCUUCCACCUCGUCUCUCCUCCUCCCCUCGCGCCGUUUCCUCUUCACCCUCCCCUGUUUCUUCCCAUCGAAAGCUCCCAACUUUCUCUCCUUUAACCCCAAACUCAUCUCUCUCCCCAGACUUCUCGGGUCGCCGCUCGACCCGUUUCGUCUCCAAGAUCCAUUUCAACAGACCCAAAACCACACUCUCCACACGCCACACCCCCGCCGCCGAAGCCGCUCUCCACACCCUCACCACAUUCUCCGGAGACGACUCCACGUUCCACACUCUAAUCUCCACCUUCGAGUCAACUCUCAACAGCUCCGACGACUACACUUUCUUACUCCGUGAGCUAGGGAACAGAGGUGACUCUGAUAAAGCCCUUCUCUUCUACGAGUUCGCUGUUCAAAGAGAGAGGAGAAAAAACGAGCAAGGGAAGCUAGCUACUGCUAUGAUCUCCACUCUCGGUAGGUUAGGUAAAGUAUCUAUCGCAAAAACUGUUUUCGAGAGUGCUUUAGCUGGUGGGUAUGGGAACACUGUCUACGCCUUCUCUGCUCUCAUAAGCGCUUAUGGAAGAAGCGGUCUUUACAAGGAAGCUAUCACCGUCUUCAACUCCAUGAAAAGCUAUAACUUGAGACCUAACUUAGUUACCUAUAACGCUGUUAUUGACGCUUGUGGUAAAGGAGGGAUGGAGUUUGAGAAAGUAGCUGAGUUUUUCGAUGAGAUGUUAAGGAAUAAUGUGCAGCCUGAUAGGAUAACAUUCAACUCUUUGCUUAGUGUGUGUAGUAGAAAAGGUUUAUGGGAAGUGGCGAGGAACCUAUUUGAUGAGAUGGUGAGUAGAAAGAUUGAGCAGGAUGUGUUUUCUUACAAUACACUUUUGGAUGCGAUCUGUAAAGGAGGGCAGAUGGAUCUUUCUUUCGAGAUAUUUGCUCAGAUGCGUGCGAAGAGAGUCAUGCCUAACGUUGUGAGUUACACCACUGUCAUUGACGGUUUUGCGAAAGCUGGGAGGUUUAAUGAAGCUCUCACGUUGUUUGAUGAGAUGAGGUAUCUCGGUGUUGCCUUGGAUAGAGUUUCUUACAAUACUUUGGUUUCUAUUUAUACAAAACUCGGUAGAGAUGAAGAAGCGUUGGAUGUGUUUAGAGAAAUGGCUUCCGUUGGGAUCAAGAAGGAUGUUGUGACUUAUAACGCUCUUCUUGGAGGUUAUGGGAAGCAAGGAAAGUAUGUUGAAGUGAAAAACGUCUUCGAUGAGAUGAAAAAAGAGUGUGUGUUGCCUAAUUUACUUACUUAUUCGACGUUGAUUGAUGUGUACUCGAAAGGAGGAUUGUAUAAAGAGGCAAUGGAGAUGUUUAGAGAGUUUAAGAGCGUUGGUUUAAGAGCUGAUGUUGUGUUGUACAGUGCGUUGAUUGAUGCUUUGUGUAAGAAUGGGCUGGUUGGUUCUGCUGUUUCUUUGAUCGAUGAGAUGAUUAAGGAAGGGAUUAGUCCUAAUGUUGUAACUUACAAUUCGAUUAUAGAUGCCUUUGGUCGCUCUGCAGCUAUGGAGUGUAGAGAUGGUACACUGACUGAAACAGAGGAUAAUCUUGUGAUAGAGUUAUUUGAGAAGUUAACCGUUGAGAGUACUAAUAGAAUGAAGAAAGAUUGUACUGAGGAGGGUAUGCAUGAGCUCUUGAGUAUAUUAGAAGUUAUCCGCAAAAUGCAUCAGCUGCAAAUCAAACCAAAUGUGGUAACCUUUUCAGCUAUUCUGAACGCUUGCAGUCGGUGCAACUCGUUUGAAGAUGCAUCAAUGCUGCUAGAGGAGCUUAGGUUGUUUGAUAAUCAGGUGUAUGGUGUUGUUCAUGGGCUUCUCAUGGGUCAUAGAGAGAAUGUGUGGCUCCAAGCUCAGAGCUUAUUUGACAAAGUGAAGGAAAUGGAUGGUUCUACCGCUUCUGCCUUCUAUAAUGCUCUUACGGACAUGCUCUGGCACUUUGGUCAGAAACGAGGUGCACAACUGGUGGCGCUUGAGGGAAGAUCUAGACAAGUUUGGGAGAACGUGUGGUCCACUUCGUGCUUGGACUUGCACCUUAUGUCUUCUGGUGCUGCAAGGGCAAUGGUUCACGCUUGGUUACUAAACAUACGCUCUGUUGUCUAUGAAGGUCAUGAGUUGCCUAAAGUCAUGAGCAUAUUAACUGGUUGGGGAAAACACAGCAAAGUGGUUGGAGACGGAGCACUAAGGCCAGCGGUUGAAGCGCUUUUGAGAGGAAUGGAUGCACCGUUCUUCCUCUCAAAAUGCAACAUGGGAAGGUUCACAUCGAGCGGUUCGGUUGUAGCAACUUGGCUGCGUGAAUCAGCUACACUCAAACUCUUAACCGUUCAUGACCAUUUAACCAACAAAGCUAACACAACGAGGAGAUCCAGAGACCAACAAGAACAAACCUCUCUCACGUUGCAGCCUCUGCGUAUGUAGCUCUACUAUGUUAUGUUAACAAUUUAUGAACAGCAGAUAAUGUGUUUUGUUCCCAAUAAUGGUGGGAUUAUGUGCUAAUAUCUUGUAACAAGUGAUAUCAACUACUUCUGUGGACAUGGUUUUUUAUUCAACCGGGAUAACGACGAAUCAAAAUUUC